UCGGGACGGCUAGGGUCGGGUUGGGGAGCGGCGGCAGGAGGCGGCAGGAGGCGGCAGGAGGCGGCGGGCGGCGCGGGCGCGGGGCCGCACGUGGCGGGUGCCGUGCACGUUGCGGGCGAGCGUGCCGCGCGCCGCACGCUCUGCGCCGCACGCUCUGCGCCACGUGCGCCCGCUCGCAUCUCCGCAAUCCCGCCUCGUACCGCUCCGGGAUCGGUCGCGUCGUCGUCUGCCGCCACGAUUGAGCUCGCCACGGACGCGCGCCCGAGAUGCUGGCCGUCGCGCCGCCUCGACCGGCACGGCUACAUCGACAUGGGCAUCGACUCCAUGGGUCCGCCGCCCCUGCAGCCUUUCCCAUCGCAAGAGCGUUGCUUCCUCACGCCACCCGCCCCGGCGCAGCCCUGCCGCCAUAGUACAAGCCGGUCUUCAGGCAAGUCGGUGAACAGUAAGGAUGUGCUCGAAGACAAGAAAGAUGACAACGAGUUGUGGGAGGCGCAGGCUGCCUUCCUCGGCCCCAACCUGUGGGACAAGACGCUUCCCUAUGAUCCAGAUCUCAAGGUACAAGAAUACGUGGACCUAGACGAGUUCCUGUCGGAGAAUGGCAUGCCGGGCGAGGGCCUCGGGGGCGGCCAUCUGGGCGGCUCCGCUUUCGGCCCGGCCGCCGGGCUGGCGCUGGGUCUGCAGGCGCCCGUCACCAAGCGGGAGCGCUCGCCUUCGCCGUCCGACUGCAUGAGCCCAGACACCAUCAACCCGCCGCUGUCUCCCGCCGAUUCCACAUUCUCAAUGGCGUCAUCGGGACGUGACUUUGACCCGCGGACGCGUGCUUUCUCCGACGAGGAACUCAAGCCGCAGCCCAUGAUCAAGAAGUCGCGGAAACAGGGAGGUAUAAGUGUGUGGCGCGGCGUGCUAACCCCAUAUCGACGUCGCCGGCAGUUCGUGCCCGACGACCUGAAGGAUGACAAGUACUGGGCGCGCCGGCGGAAGAACAACAUGGCGGCCAAGCGGUCGCGGGACGCGCGCCGCAUGAAGGAGAACCAGAUCGCCCUGCGCGCCGGCUACCUCGAGAAAGAGAACAUGGGCCUGAGACAAGAAGUGGAGUUGCUGAAGAAAGAAAACCACAUCCUGCGCGAGAAGCUCUCCAAGUACGCGGACGUAUAGGCGGCAGUGUCCGCACAAGCACGCCACCAUGUGAGGCGUCCCGCCGCGAGCCGCGAGCGGAGCCGCCCGCGCCGCCCGCGCCCCGCGCCCCCGGCCCGCUCGAGCUCGACCCGCCGCGCGACUCCGUCUGCUGCCCCUCGCUGCCCGCUCACUCAGGACUCCUCUUGCCAUUGAACGCUCACAUCGCGCUUAGGCUCGUAUUACUAGAUCCUUCUCGAGCGUAAGAUCGAUCUGAUCUCAAACUUAUCACUGGACUAGGGAACCGACGCCUGGAGUCGGCCGCACGGACUGACGACCGGUUCUCUGAUCGAGAACGAUUCACUAAUACGGGCCUGAGUCAGCUAGAGGUCCCAAGUUUUGUUGUUUCACCACCUCCGUUAGCGGCCUCCAGCGAGUCGACUAACAUCUGAUGUUUCCCAGUUUAUGUUAAAAGUUAUUGUUAAGAAUCGUUAUACAGUUACCGUAAGUUAAAUUAGUGUAGGUGAUAACCAAAGUUCCCAGCUGUUCUGUCGUAUCCUUGGCCUAGGAGUCGCACCAGGGUCAGACCCGGACCGACGGCGAGCGGUGACGUCACUCGUUACGAACCGUUUGCACUGAUCGUACAUUUGCCAAACAUGCUUCGCGCUCGUGUUUUACUCUGCUUACUUAGCAGGCCGCGUUGGCAUAGUCCACCAACCGAGCAUAACACAAAAUACACUAGACGACAGAUCAGUCCCGGAGAUGUGAACGCGGCCACUCGCCGAGUGCGGGGCAUGGCGGGUGAAUGUUUGACUAGUGACUAGUGACUAGUGAACCUGAACCUAGAGUUAGUUGACACCGCCGAUAGAUUGCUCAAGUGGCGUUUAAUGCGCAAGUGUAGGCUGCGUCUGUAUAUAGGUAGUCGUAAUGUGUCUCGCGCCUGCCGCCGGGUUCGCAACAUCUGCCAUUAAAGCUGUUAAUGUUUUAAAAAGACUUUGUUAUAAUAUUUAUACGGGUUUACUUGAUAGAAUUGUUACUUCUUGAUGGAAAUUUAUAUUGACAAUAGUUAAAUAAGGCACUUUGCAAAUGUUUCGCUAUUCAUUCUAGAAAUACCCAAUUUUAAUUGUAGGUUGUGUGUUUGCGGAAGGUGAACAAUCAGUGGUUAAAAUUGUUCAUUUUUACAAUAAAUAGCGCAAAAGUGUCUCAUUUAAUCAUCGUUAGGGGGGUUAGUUAAGAACGGCUGGACUCCGACCCGGCGGUGAGCCGCGCGCGUCGCGCUGGGCGGACGCGCUCGCACUGCUCGGGCUCGCCCGACCCCGUCCGUCUGUUCCCGCAGCCGCGUCCGCCCUCGCCUUCCCCCGCCUCCCCCCCAAUUUCUACCCCCGCCCCCUCGCUAAGAGCAGGCUUGGAUUUUGUACUUCUGCCAUUAUUUAAUACCCAUCUCUUUUGACAGACUUGAUGGUACACAAGAGUUACAUAAUUGUAUACCAAUACGAUUCCAUUUGUACUUACGAAUUUGAUAUAAUUCUUUCUUAUUUUAUUUUCAUAUCAAUUAAUUUGAUGAUUGAAUAAGGUUUUUGAUAUUGGCGCUAUUCUGAAUAGUAUAUUUCGUAUAAAUACUAUCAAUCAAUGUUUGGUUACAACCAUUGACGUUCUCAGAUCCAGCCCUGCCCCGAUUCCCACUCCCCGUUCCCCGAUGUCCGCUCCCCGCUCCCCGCUCCCCGCCCGCUUGUAGACCGCUGACCGCUCCGUUGAGAUUAGUAUCGCGCGGCGCCUGGCUGCGAGCGCCCGCGCGUUCCGUUCCCGUAGCGAGCGAACACUAGUUUCGUUUCGAUAAUCAUAGUAAAUAGUGUAAGUAGUAGGUAGUGCGUAGCGUAGUUGUUAUUAGUAUAUUUUUGUUAUGGCUGUAGUUGUUAACGUUUUGAAAGUUUAUAUAUAAUUUGGUUUAGUUGUAACGCGCCGCGGCCGCCACUGCGCACCGACCGCAUCUCCGCACUCUAUACGACUCUCGCUAAUCUUAUAAUAUAUUUUUGUAGAUUUUUGUCGUUGAUAAAUGAGUCAAUUGUAUGUUUAUUGAAUUGAUAAAAUUAAUGUUUAUGAAGUUAAGACUAAGAAGUUGUUGCAUUUGAAAGUAUUUUAUGACUUGGAGCGAGAACAAUAAAAGUUUUUUUAUAAAGGUUUACAUGUAACAGACUCUAUGUACGGAGGCGUGACGGUUGACUUUGAAAUGCACUGUUUCAUAUCAAGUGAUAUUAUUGUAUUAUGUAAUGACUCGGCCGCGCCUGCGCCGCGCCGUUUGAUAUUCCCACUUGUUUGUUGAUCAUAUUGUAAUAAUUAUACAUUAAAUUAUUAUCCAAUGAAUAUCGUGUACGAUACCUUUACAUGCAUGUCAUUGUUUAUCCGGAAUUUGUAAGAAAUGUGUAUAAAGUUGUAACUUGUAAGGUGUCGUGAUAGGAAGGAGUGGAGUAUAUGACCUCUAUUUAUUUAUUUAGUCCCUCUUUUGCCGUAAGAUUCGCCUUAUGUGUAAACACUCUGCGACAACACAAACCAUAUUGAUGUACGAGUAGUAUUUGUUUCAUUUAAUUUAUAUGGUUCUAUGGAUUCAAAUAAACGUUAAUUGUUGUA